AUGGGACGUCCAAAGAAAGUAAAAAAAGAACGCCCGAUUUGCCGGCAUCCACUUCCGGAUCGUCUGGAAGUGCCUGAGGUGUUUUUCCGCUCACUGGCCUCGAAAUUGUUACCAGCAACGGUCAAGUUGACCCCAGCUGCUGUCAAAAAUUACAUCUCGAAUUCACCCGACCUGCUACAACGCCUCGAAUGGAAUGAUCAAUGCUGGAAUUCGGCGCAAGAGAAUGGCUUGGAUGACGAGACUUACUACGAACUUGUGCACAGCCGUCGUCAGGCCGAAGAGAAAGUCACCGCGCUGCUGGCGAGACACUACACAUUGGUCCCUCCAGCCCCACCACUUCCACCGCCUCGAUCCCGAUCACCGUCACCACCAAGAAGGGAUCGUUGGUUUGCGACGCGCGAGGGAUCCGCCUACGAAAAAUUUAUGAAAUUCGUGAACAAAACUGCGGCGAUACUCAAAGAAGAGCGGAAAUUCUGCAAGUCCACCAGGAGAAUGACGUCGAAGGUGACAGAGAAGAAGUCCGAACUUACCCAAGAAGUUGUCGUCGAAGCUCCGCGGACGAGAAGCAAGCGCGAUAAUGGUCAGCGGCAAGCCGAAGUGCCAGGACCGGUUGCGAAGAAGCUGAAAGUUGCGGACAAAUUGGAGGAGAAGCCGACUGAAUUUCAAAAUCCCCAGCCUGAACGGAAAACCGCAAAGAAGGAGCAAGACCUGAUCGAAACGGAGAUAAUGAAGCCGAAGCAACCACAUCCGAGUCCUAGCAAGACAAUUGUUCAAAAAGAUACGACCUGCGCAAACCUGAAAGUGGAGUCUAAAGAAAAAGCUGUGGUUCCGGCCUCUGAAAUUUUGGAAUCUCCGGCAAAGUCGACGAGGGCUGAGCGUGCUGCGCGGCGCGCCGUAGUUGAUGAGGACAAGGCGGACGAAGUUUUGAAGGAGGUUAAGACCAAGUCGCCGGUGAAGCUUCCGCUAGCUGAGAAAGAAAAGUCUGCCAAGGAACACAACACUACUACAGAACCAGCCGAGCCAAAGAACGCAACUCGUCGCGGCCGUCCCAGCCGGAACACACAACAGACUCUCAUAGUCGAAGAGAAUGAAACUUCGUAUGAAAAGAAGACCGCCAGCCCGGUUGAACCGGAAGAAACCGCAAGGAGAACCACCCGUAGCAUGCGCCCAGAGCCGGAAAUGAAAGGCGAUGCCGAAGCUGUGAACAGCGAGGGAUCGGUGACUUCAAGACAGACACGUGGUCGUGGUCGCGCGAGCAAACCAGCUAGACCCGGUGUAUCCGAAGUGCCCGAAUUGGUGACACAUGUCGUGACUGAUCUGAACUUGGCGGCCCGCCGGGCUCGUAACAUUGCUCCACCGAAACCCGAACCGGAGCCAGCGGUCCUUAAACCGGUUACUCCACAGAUAUUGACUAGAGAAGCAUGCCGCAAACUUUUCCCGUAUCGAAAAAUUGGAGGGCUCGAUCAUGAGAAGCUAGCGAUUGCUUGGCGCAAAACACCAAAGUCGGGUGAUGGAUAUCUGACUUAUGGGGACAUCCAACUGACCGAAGACGAUUUCAACACACUAGAGCCGGACGAGAAGCUGAAUGACAACUUACUGAGCGCGUACCUGCACUUGAUCCAGCUUCGCAACAACGGCAGACACGAUAUGCCAAAGGUGUUUGCUUUCAGCACAUUUUUCUACACCCAGCUGGAGGAGGGUGGAUAUGAUCGAGUCUCGACUUGGAACCGUAAGGAGCGUAUGUUCGACUACUCGAUCUUGCUGAUCCCCAUCUUCCUCAACAAGUCACACUGGUCGCUUGUGGUUGUCGAUUUCGAGGAGAAGAAAAUCAACUAUUUCGAUUCUCUGCAACAGUAUCGGGCUCGUGGUGACCGCGUGCUAGUCCAGAUCGUCGACUAUCUGACAAAGCGCAGCAAGUCUGAAAAUCUUACUGCGAAAAAGCUGAAGAAGCCGCUCAACCGGUUCGACGCCAGCGAGUUUGACGUUUUCGUGAUCCCGGAUGCACCUGAGCAGGGAAACGAGACUGAUUGUGGACUAUUCGUUUGCCAAAAUGCUGAAGCUGCGGCUCGUCGCGGACCGUUGACUUUCGAUCAGAAGGAUAUGAACGCUUUCCGUGGAUUGAUGGGAUGCGAGCUUACGAAGGGCAUCCUCCACCCU